AUGGCGUCCCGCUUGGUGAGAAGUGCUGUCGGGGCUGCCCGCCUGCGACCGAGCAUCGCUCCCCGCGCUCUCCCCGCCGUCUCGACUCUCAUCACGGCCCGCCACAACUCGAACGUGCCUUCGACCGACCCCAAGACGAAGGCCCAGUCGCUCAUCGACUCCCUCCCCGGCAGCAACCUGCUCUCCAAGACGGCCAUCCUUUCGUCUGCCGCCGGCCUGUCCAUCUACGCGCUCAGCAAUGAGUACUACGUCAUGAACGAGGAGACGGUCGUCGCCUUCUGCUUGCUCAGCGUCUGGACUGCGCUCAUCAAGUUCGGUGGCCCCAUGUACAAGGAGUGGGCCGAGGCGCAGAACGAGAAGAUCAAAAACAUCCUCAACUCUGCGCGCGCCGACCACACCCAAGCCGUCAAGACGCGUAUUGAGGACGUCAAGCAGAUGUCGGGCGUCGUUGAUGUGACCAAGGCCCUGUUUGAGGUGUCCAAGGAAACUGCGCGCCUCGAGGCCCAGGCGUACGAGCUCGAGCAGCGGACGGCACUGGCCGCUGAGGCCAAGACCGUGCUGGACUCGUGGGUGCGGUACGAAAGCCAGGUCAAGCAGCGCCAGCAGAAGGAGCUCGCCCAGACCAUUAUUGCCAAGGUGCAGAAGGAGUUGGAGAACCCCAAGGUGCUGCAGCAGAUUCUGCAGCAGAGCGUGGCAGACGUUGAGAGGAUCGUUUCUUCCAAGGCUCAAUAGACGGUAACUGCUCAGACAGAGUUGCGAUGCGAAAUUCCCUUUGUUGUACCAGUGUCCAUACACGCCCCUGUGCAUUAGCCCGAAUACAACCUCUUCUAGCCUCGCCUUCGGUUCUGUUAGCUGUGUUUGCCGGUGAACUCUGACGGACCGCGCCAUGUUGGCGUUCCAGUCGGC